AUGGACUCGACGCCGGCACGUUCGAUCAGGGCCUCUUCUGGGUCACUCAGUUCCCCUGCACCGUCUCCACCACGAGCUAGUACUGCUCUCCCCCCUGUCCAGACGACGAAUCAGCCCCGAAUUACCAACAAACAGGCGCGGCGAACGGGGCUAGAGUCGGGUUCAGAUUCGUCUGAGCUUACGGACGAAGACGACGUCAAGCAACGGAAGACAAAGAAGAAAAAACGAGGUCGGAAACCUCGGAAGUCUAUUCCCACUCCGUACACAACGGUCGAUAGGGAACAUAGCUCUCGGCGGGCCCAUAGCCGCGGGACGUCUGAGAGCACAGCGAAUGGCAAUCACAACGGCAGCGGAAGCACCAGCACCAGCGGCUCCCAGCCUCAGAUGAGCUCUCGCUCCCGAAGAGGCGGUGUAGUUGUCCCCCCAGCCAUGUGGGAGUGGGCUUACAAGAAACCCAAGCAACAGCCCAACGGACUUGGCCUCGACAUCACCCCCCGUGACGGCAGCCCCAGCCGUAGUCACUCGAGCGGUCCGGAACAGACAAAGGCCACCGAUUCAGCUCAGCUCAGUGAUGGUGAAAUCGAAGAUACCCCAGCCACCGCCUCCAGUGAACCUACCCCCCGGAGGCACGAUAAACCUAUGUCCGCAACAGAGCGUCCGAGCAUCACUAUAUCAACUCGCCCCACAACUGACGACAUCAGUACGCCAAUUUCUGCUCCAAACACAGGCGCAACUACACCUCGACCAUCCCCCACGCCUAUCCAACUGGAUCCAAGUUCCAAGAAGCCAUCGCCUACUCCUGAUGAAUCUAAUUCCGCGCUCUCUGCAAACCCCGACGAAACCAAGUCGGACAUCGAUAUGCCAAUAGACGAACCCGAACCCGGUGAGCUUGUCGAGACCUCUAAGCCCACACAUCAUAGAGGUGCAGCCCAACCCGAUCCCGACCCGGAGCCAGAGGACGAGACUGGACUUGGUGACGAUUCCAAGGCAAGCAUCGACCCUGAACCAGAGCCUGAACCAGAGGAAGAGCCUGAACCAGAACCCGAGCCCGAGCCUGAACCCGGUCCCGAACCCGAAGUAGAAAUCGAGGCCGAUCCUGACAUGCAGCCUCCUCAUCGAGCAGAGGCCCUUGAUGUGCUGGCUGCAAUGGAAGUUCGAUUCGCUGAACUUCGAGAGCGACUCUACGCCGAUAAGAUGGAAGAGGCGGCAAGAGAGGAAGCAAUGAUCCUCGAUGGCACCCACCCGGAACUGGUGUUCUUUCAGCGAGAAUUGGACGCACGCCGCGGUCGUCGCAAACAAUUAGCCGAAACCCGCCGUUCUCUCGAAAUAGGCUGGAGCGCUACUAUGCGGCGGGCCGAAGAGGCUGCAACAUGGUCCGAGUGGCGGCAUGCAAGAGAUGAACUCCGUGAUAAUAUGCGAACCGAAUGUGCGCGAAAACGACGACGCCUUGAAAGAGAAAAGCGGACUGCGGAACGACCUGCUAAUACUCGGCCUAUUCCCGCGGCACCCAGUAGCCUUCCGCAACCCCCCUCGUUAAAAUCACUGCUCAAGCUACAUGCAAACCCUCAGCGUGCGCCUGUCCCAGUCCGCGCAACACCUUCCCUUACGCCGCUUUCUUAUGCCGAUGCAAUUGGGGAUUUGGAACAAAUGACUCCCAGGCGCACAACGUUCUAUCAACCUCCUACUCUCAACUAUACCAGCGAGGAAGAAGCCUAUGCUCGGUCCCGAGGUUACAGCUACCGCUCUAUGAAUGGUGCAGCGUCGAGUUCUGUAACAGGUCCAACCCCCGGAACGCGACAUGAAGUUGCACCCGGCCCCCAGUACCCACCUACGCUAGUGCAUAGCUACGUCGUUGGCCCUGCUCCCGCAUGGGAUGGAUCAACCGGGCGUAGGCGAGAUACCCGCUUGGAACGGGACCGCGAGCGGGACCCCAGAGACGCACGCGACCGUGACUCUCGAGAUAUUCGCCUGGACCGCGAACGUGACUUGCGAGAGCCGAGGAUCGACCGAGACCGUGAACGAGAGCGAGAGCGUGACCCUCGUAUGGACCGGGAGCGCGAACGCGAACGCGAACGGGAGCUACAGUAUGGAUCGCCCGUGCCCGCUGCGAGCGAUAAAGAAGACAAGCGCCCCCCUUCCUCGUCUGCCGCAUGGACUACUACCGAAGUCGAUCAUGAUCCCUGGGACAGGGAGCAGACGCGAGAAUGGCAGCGGAGGAUGGAGCGAGACGCCCGUGAACGGGAAAGAGACAGGCCACUCUCUACGCCCUUUACGAUGCAGCCGUUUGUAAGUCUAUCAACUGGGGCAGAUGUAGAUAUGGGCGGAUCGAGUUCGAGGCCAUUGAGUAGGAACAUUGAGCGGUAA